AGACGCUAGCUCUGCGCGUAGGCGAGCGACUAUCUAGACACAGAAGCACCAGCUCUAUGGUUACACGGCUGGAUGGAGGUUCGGCCUGUGGAAGAUGUGACGUCAUGACUGUCUAGUUAUCGCUGAGAAAAAUGGCGGAUAAGAAGGAGCAACAAGGAGGACCAGAAGAAGACGCAGAAAACACAGUGAACACUAAGCCUGUUUCUUCCAGCAAUGGAGGGGAAAGCUCAGGCCGGGGGGCAGAGAAGAGACCAGCCGCCCCCCCAUCCCCCGAGGAAGCCAUCGCCCAGCCCUGCCCAGCCAAAGUCUCCAAGAUCGGCUUUGCCCUAGGAGGUCAGCCUGGAAAGAAGGCACCCGCCAUAUCCAUUAAGCUGGGCGCUUCCAAACCAAAGGAUGUACCUCCUGCUGUAGUUCCAAAAAAAAGCUUAAUAGCUGCAGUAUUUAAUGAUGAGGAUGAUAGUGAACCUGAAGAAAUGCCCCCAGAAGCAAAGAUGAGGAUGAAAAAUAUUGGAAGGGAUACCCCGACUUCAGCAGGACCAAAUUCAUUCAACAAAGGAAAGCAUGGAUUUUCAGACAACCAGAAGCUAUGGGAGAGGAAUAUUAAGUCACAGUUGGAACAUGUUCCAGAUGACUGACUGGUGUAGAAGGCUUGUGGGAGGGUCUAAUGUUCAAAUAUUAUUUUUUUUCCAUUUGGAUCCCUUUGCAAUUGGAAUGAGUUUUGGUGUUUUGUUUGUUCUACUUUUUUGAAGGAACUUCCAUGGCACAGAAACAAUAACUAAUUAUAAUUCUGUUUUGUAUCUCGUUUUCACUUGUUAUGCUGUUUGUCUAUAGUUAUCAUUUAUUGUUAAUAAAACCUUGUUUUGUCCA